AAAACCCUUCCACCGAAAGCGAAAUAUCCCAUCAAUUCCGAUGACGCCGUCGCAAAACCCCUGCAAGCGCCGCCAUCCAACUCCACCUCCACCCUCGGCGGCCUCACCCGCCGCGCCCGUGGCGCUCUCGCUGCCGGGCUUCGUCGCCGACCGCGCCGAGGCCGCGGUGCGCGUGGAGCGCCUCCUGCGGUACCAGUUCUGCGACCGCGCCCUUCUCGAGGAGGCGCUAACCCACCAAUCCUUCUCGGAUGGCGCGUUCUCUUACCAGCGGCUCGAGUUCGUCGGGGAUGCCGCUCUUGGCCUAGCCUUCUCCAACUUCCUCUACCUCACCAACCCCACCCUUGGGCCCGGGGCGCUCUCCACGCUCCGUGCCGCCAACAUCUCUACUGAGAAGCUCGCGCGCGUCGCCGUCCGGCACGACCUCUACCCGCUUCUCCGGAGAAAGUGCGCCCGCCUCGACUUACUAGUUGGCCGAUGGAUAGGCGCAUGGGAGACAUGUGGAUAUAUCUGCGCGAUUGGGCUAUUUUUCCAAGCGCAGAAAGAUUGGGAGUUGGGAUUGGAAACUAUUGGAGAUGGGUGUUUUCCAUUCUUGCCAAAAAUUCUAGAUUGGGAGGCUUUAUUGGGAACUCUUGGAGAUGCUUUUACUGAUUGUAAAAAAAAGGUAGGCCAGUUUAUUGAGUCAGUGAAACAAGAAGUAAUGCAUGACCUUGCCACUGCACCCUAUGGUGGUAGUGUGGUUAAAGCUCCCAAGGUGCUUGCGGAUAUUGUUGAGGCCAUCGCUGCUGCUGUCUACGUUGAUUGCAAAUUUGACCUUGAGAAGCUUUGGAAGGUUACAAGGUGGCUCUUUGAGCCAGUUAUCACAGCAGAAACAGUAGAUGAGCAACCUGUUACUACAUUGCAUGAGUUAUGCCAGAAACAUGGCAAAGUUGCACAGUUCGAGACAUGGCAGAAGGGUGGGAUGACCAUGGUAAAUGUAUUUGUUGGUGGGGAGAUGGUUGGACUUGGCUCCUCGGAGCAGAAGGUAAUUGCUAAGCUCAAUGCUGCACGGGAUGCAUUGGGCAAGCUUAUCGGUGGCGCAAAGCAGCAAGUGUUGAUCAAUGGCAUUGCCAAUGGAUUGGUUGAUGAGAUUGUAGAGCUCAGGGAGUGUAAACAGAAACUUACUGAGCAGUGCAUCGGAAAGCAUUGGCCAAAACCUAUCUUUAAGUUAGAAAAAGAAGGUGGCCCUGCACAUGAAAGGAACUUUGUGUGUUCUGUUCAGGUAGAUACCAAAACUGGCACCUUUGUAACCAUUGGUGAUCCUAUGUCAAGAGUGAAGGAUGCAGAGAAUUCGGCUGCACAGAAGAUGGUCGAACUAUUGUUGAAAUUGUGAGAUAUGUUCAUGUACAUGGCUAGAUCUUUUGUAUACCACUUUCAGAAACAAUUUGUUCGGGUAUACCUAUUAUGGUAGCUUUGUCAAACUGUGGAUCAUGUCAGCUACUUAAAACCGUUUAUACUUUGAGCAUUCUCAAACCAUGUCCUUUUACAAUGCAUAAUUCGCAAAACUGUUUUAUGUUAAUAUAUAUAAGAAUGUUAUUGUGGAAUA